AUGUCCGGAUUGGCUCACAAAACGGACGAAAGCUCCGGUAUGGUGCUUCUCUCCGGGAAUUCCCAUCCAGAACUGGCUCGGCUAGUUUCAGAGUGAGUAUUUCAUUAUACUCCAUUUGUGGUUAGCUUGAAAAAGAAUUCAUGGAUUUCUUGAAACUGUUUAUUUGAAAAACUCUUUGGCGCUAUAAAGGCUUUUAUUUUCAGUAGUUUUAAUUAAAAUAGUCGUUCAAAAAACUUAUCAUUAUUUUCAGCCGAAUGGGAAUUCGUCUUGGAGAUGCCACCGUCUACAACAAAACCAACAGAGGUUAUAUUUAUAAGAAAAACCUUCAAAAAUAACUUCGAAUAUUUGCAGAAACAUCCGUGGAUAUCAAGCAAUCUGUACGCGGAAAGCACGUUUUUAUUCUACAAAGUGGCUCGAAGUAACUUUUUUUUGAUUCCUUCGAGAAAAAUACCACCAGGAGGUGUUCAAAAAAAAAUAAAUUCUUUACAGGAACGUUAACAACGACGUAAUGGAGCUGAUGAUCCUCAUCUACGCCUGCAAAACCUCAAUGGCCAAGGUAAUUUUUCAGUUUAUACAACAUUGCAACUGAAAUAAUUUAGACGAUCACCGUUGUCAUGCCAUAUUUGCCGUACAGCAAGCAGUGCCGAAUGCUCCGUCGAUCGUCGAUUCCAAUGAAACUGAUUGCGGAAAUGAUUUGCAAGGCUGGUAAGGGCAUUCAUUUUAUCUGAAACUAUUCAAAAUUUCAAAAAGAAAGAAUUUCCCCUUAUUUACAUUAUUUCCAGGUGCUGGCCGACUAGUCUCCCUCGAUCUAUACAAGAAGGAAAUCCAGGGAUUCUUCUCCAUUCCAGUGGACAAUCUCAGAGCUUCUCCUUUCCUUCUCCAAUAUAUCAAGCAAUAUGUAAGCUAAUAAUCCUUUUCACAAUAAUAUCAUUUCCAUAACUUUCAGAUACCUGAUUAUAAAAACGCAAUUAUUGUUGCCAAAUCUCCCGGCGUUAUGAACAAAGCGACGUCUUACGCCGAUCGUCUUCGUCUUGGUGAGUUUUUUUUAAUUAACCAUUUUUUGAACAAAAAGCCAAUUUUACAGGAUGUGAGUUUUAAAAAUGGUAAUUUUGUCCUCCAAUGCACUUUAUAUUGAUAUACGUAUUACACAACUCAUUUUUGCUAUUGUGCGAAGCAAGGUAGGGGGUUCUCGUUUCUAUUUUCCCUCGUCUGACCCUCUACUCAAAAGUUGCGCUUCUAACUUCUCUCAAUCACCACUCGAAAUUCUACCUAGCACGCCUCUUUUUUCUGAAAUAAAAUUCUCUUCUAAAAGUUCUAUCACUCUUCGAAAAAAAAAACCCUUCUUUCGUACCUCACGAACGGCGCACCCUCUAAUUUCUGGUGAAUUUUGGUGUUUCGUGCCUCCUUUCUCACUGCUGAGCACGUUUCUCGUUUAUCGGAAUACGUAUAUUAAUCAUAAACUGUCAUUUGGAGUAGUAACUUCUACAUUUUGUUCAUUCUCAUUUUUGCAACUCACUUGUAAAUUGGAACCAAAUCAGCAUGAGAAAGUGAUUGUGAGCCAGAUAAUCACUGUGUCGUGAGAGUUCUUUGGAAAGAAUGACUUUUAGGCGUGGCUGUGAUUCACGGAGAGCAGAAAGAUUCGGAAGAAUCUGGACUGGAAGAUGGUCGCCAGUCGCCGCCGCCCAACUAUACCUCUUUCGAGCUUUUCCCAGGUGAAAAAUCGAGAUAUUCUUUUCAUUUCUGAAUUUAAAAAAAAGCAGUGUUCCAUUAAAAACACAAGUUUGCGAGGUUCUUGCGAAAUAAAAACCGAGGCUUGAAAAAAACAUUUUUCAACAAGACAAAUUUUUGAAUCCGCAUGAAAAGGUGCAAAACCUUUAAAAAAAGUAUUCCAAAAGAAUAGAAAAGUUUUUUUUGACAAAAUUGAGCCGUGCAGAAAAAAAUGAAUUUCUUAUUGGAAAUUAUUAUGGUUUAUUAUUUUUUUGAAUAUUUGAAAAUUAAUCCUUCAUAAAAAACUCCUCCUUCAGCCCAAGAACCUAAGCAAAAGCCGCCGUUGACGGUUGUCGGAGACGUUGGAGGUCGAAUCGCCAUCAUGGUGGUAAGUAGAGAAUUUUUAGAAAAUCUAUGAAUUCUGAAAACUUUCAGGAUGACAUCAUCGACGACGCUCAGUCCUUCGUCGCUGCCGCCGAAGUUCUGAAGGCUCGUGGCGCCUACAAAAUCUACGUUCUGACCACUCACGGAGUUCUUUCUUCAGACGCCCCUGCCUUGUUGGAAGCUUCGCCUAUCACUCAGGUUUUUAGAAUAGUUUUUUUCAAUUCUGGUAGAAUGUGCACAAAUCGAAAAAACCAAAAAAUUUUUCAAAAAAAUCGUUCUGAAUGCAAAUCAUGCUUUGUUUGAAUUGAAGUGAGAGAUUUUUUUCGUAAACUUUGCGCUAGCUUUUUAAGAAAGCUUCUUUCUUUCAAAGAAGAAAUAGUCACUGUGCGCGUACGAAUUUCGAAAUUAGAAAAAAAGAAACCAGCAUGAAAUUUUCAUUUAUAGAUAUACAGUCUUCAUCAAUCAAGAAAUAAGUACUGUAAGAAAAUGAGAUUUUGUUUGGAUAUUAUGAAGUUGGGAAAUAAUUAACACAAAACAAAAAAAACCAAGUUGCUACACAAAGCUGAUACAACAUUAAUUUUUGAACAAAUCGAGUUUUACAGGUUAUCGUUACCAACACCGUGCCGCACGACGUCCAGAAAAUGCGUUGCCACAAGAUCCGUACCGUCGAUAUCUCUUUGAUGCUUUGCGAAGCCAUCCGCCGCAUUUACCACAACGAAUCCAUGGGUCAACUCUUCCGCGACAUUACUCUUGACGAUUAA